AUGACGUGGGGGAAUCAGAACACAGAGGCGGAGGCGCAUGAGCAGCUGAGCUACGCCUUUGAUGCCGGCCUCAACUUCCUUGACACCGCCGAGAUGUACCCAGUACCCCCUGUCAAGGAGACCCAGGGUCGCACAGACCAGUACAUUGGCAGCUGGCUCAAGACUGGGCGCAUCAAGAGAGAGGACGUGGUCAUAGCCACCAAGAUCAGCGGGUACAGUGUUCUUCAGACCUACUUGCGCAACCCUCCCGAGACGACGCGCAUCACCAAGGCCCAGAUCAAGGCCAGCGUUGACGCGUCUUUGAAGCGGCUGGGGGUUGACCACGUUGACCUGCUGCAGAUCCACUGGCCCGAUCGCUACGUGACGCUGUUUGGUGCCUCCAGCUAUGAUGUAGCCAAAGAGCGCGAGGUGGACAUCUCGUUUGAGGAGCAGCUCAGGGGCCUUGACGACGUGGUCAAGGCCGGAAAGGUGCGCUACGUGGGCGUGUCCAACGAGACCAGCUACGGCGUGUCAGAGUUCGCCUGGGCUGCCAAGACGCUGGGGCUGCCCAAGAUUCAGACUAUCCAGAACUGCUACCACCUGCUGUACCGCACGGGGUAUGAGACCAACCUGGCAGAGACCUGCAGGCGCCACGACGUGAGCCUGCUCGCCUUCAGCCCGCUGGCGGGUGGUGCGCUCACUGGCAAGUACCUCAACGGGGACGCGCCCAAGAACGCACGCUUCAAUCUCUUUCCCGGGUACAUGGAGCGCUACUACCAGACCCAGGCCAAGACCGCCACCCAAGAGUACGUUGAGCUGGCCAAGAAGCACGGCCUCACGCCCACGCAGCUGGCCCUGGCCUGGUGCCGCUCACGCUGGUUUGUGAGGUCGACCAUCAUCGGCGCCACCAGCCUGCCCCAGCUGAAGGAGAACCUGGAUGCCUUCAGCGUGGAGCUCUCGCCAGAGGUCAUUGAGGGCAUCAGCCAGGUGUACAAGAAGUACAGGGACCCUAACGCCAUUGCUUAA